AUUCGAUAGACUGAGGCUGCGGUCCACUUGACGCUACAAAUACUUCGAAACGUCCUUUUUCUCCUUCCUUUUGAUGAAGAGAGAAGGAGAGAAAGGACACUUCGAAGCAUUUGUAACGUCAAGUAGACCACAGCCUUAGUUAUCUAUAACCUCAUUUUAAUAAAUGUAAAAAAAUAACCUGUUCCCGAGGAAAACAUUGUAGUAAAUAACGGUAGACAUUGGGUUAUACGAAUGUUGCUGUAAUCCUGUACAGAAAUAGUCACACUGUUGUAACACAUUUGCAAAUGUCUGGUUAAUGUGGUCUGGAAUUUAUUAGCAGAUACAGAGAAAAACUGUGUAAAAAAAACAGUGUAAUAUGACACAAAAAAUAGUUGUUGUUGGUUCGUGUAUGAUUGAUUUUACUUGUUUCUCUCCACGAUUGCCUAAACCUGGCGAAACAAUAAUUGGAACUAAAUUUGAAAAGAAAUAUGGUGGCAAAGGUGCCAAUCAAUGUGUGGCAUCUGCUAAACUUGGUGGAUCUACAGCACUUGUUGCCUCAUUAGGUUGCGACACAUUUGCACAAGAGUACUUAGAAAUUUUAAAGAAGGAAAAUGUAGAUACAUCUCAUGUCAAGAUACAAAAAGAUAAGCAUAGCGGUAUUGCUCACAUUACUGUCGCUGAGGAUGGACAGAACACUAUCGUUAUCGUGUUAGGCGCAAAUGAAUCGUUGAACCGGGAACACGUGGAUUCCGCUGUUGAUGUGAUCAAAGGUGCGAGCGUUUUGUUAUGCCAGUUCGAGACUCCGCUGGAAACUACGCUGCAUGCGUUAAGAUUACAUCAAGGCCAUGGGCUAUCAAUUGUCAACGGGGCGCCCGCAGUGGAAAAUCUAGAUCCGGAGAUCCUAAAAUUGUGCGACAUUUUCUGCGUUAAUGAAACGGAGGCGGAAAUUAUGACGGGCAUUCAACCGGUAGAGUUAUCAAAUGUACAACAAGUUGCGGACAAGCUCCUGGCUAAGGGAUGCAACGCGAUUAUCCUUACUCUUGGGCCCCUGGGGGCUGUGUACGCGUCGAAAGCAAACAGAAAUGUGAUGCUGAUUCCCGCUACCGAGGUCCAGCCAGUGGAUACCACUGGUGCCGGAGAUGCAUUUCUGGGCGCGUUCGCAUAUUUCAAGGCGUAUCAUCCGCAACUAUCGAUGGACGAGUGCAUCAGAAGAGCGUGCGUGGUGGCCACGCAAUCUGUCCUCAAGUUCGGCACGCAUGCGAGUUUCCCGACGAUAAGCGAUCUCCCAGCAGAUUUAUUCGAAGAUAAAUGAGAAGAGAGUAGCUGAAGUGUUUUAUUUUAGAGACUUUGCAUCUUGUCACAUCUUAGAAAUGUGCUUUAUGAAAUUGACUUACACUGAGAAUUUACUUGUCACUAAAAUAAAAUAAUUGAUAAAAGUACUGUA